CUCAUUUGGAACAGACCCCUGCCUGUAAAAUCAAGGCUUUCCAAUUCCCUGGCUAUCCCUAGGGACCACUGGCUGCAGAUCAGGCCUCAUGAAAACCUCAAAGGCAUCCCAGCGCUACAGAAGCAUCCGGAGAAAUGCCAGCCAGCGCUACCUCUAUCAGGACUCCAUGCUUCUCGGUAACUCCGAUGACAGCUUUAAUGCUGACGAAACAGGAGAUAGCAGUGAUCCAGAACAAAUCUUCCAGAACAUACAGUUUCAGAAAGAUCUCAUGGCAAAUAUCCGCUGCAGACCCUGGACCAUGGGGCAGAAGCUACGAGCACUGAGACGAGCAAAGGAGAUUGUGCUGAAGUUUGAAGGCAGGCUGACCAGGACUCGAGGCUACCAAGCAGCAGGAGCAGAGCUCUGGCGGAAAUUCGCCCGUCUGGCCUGUAACUUUGUGGUCAUCUUCAUCCCCUGGGAAAUGAGAAUAAAGAAAAUUGAGAGUCACUUUGGAUCUGGUGUGGCCUCCUACUUCAUCUUCCUGAGGUGGUUAUUUGGAAUUAACAUAGUGCUCACAGUGAUGACUGGUGCCUUUGUUGUCCUUCCUGAGCUAAUCGCAGGCCAGCCCUUUGGAAGUACAGCCAGCAAGACCAUCCCCCAGGAGCAGGUCGCGUCUGCACAGGACUUGGACACUGUCUGGUCCCUGGGGGGCUACCUUCAGUACUCUGUCCUGUUCUACGGAUACUACGGAAGAGAGAGGCGGAUCGGGAGAGCUGGCUACCGCCUGCCCUUGGCAUAUUUCCUGGUGGGAAUGGCGGUGUUUGCUUACAGCUUCAUCAUACUCUUAAAAAAGAUGGCUAAGAACUCCCGCACCAGCCUAGCCAGUGCUUCCAAUGAAAACUACACCUUCUGCUGGCGGGUGUUUUGUGCCUGGGAUUACCUCAUUGGGAACCCAGAGGCUGCAGAAAGCAAAACAGCUGCCAUCCUGAACAGCAUUAGGGAAGCCAUACUGGAAGAACAAGAAAAGAAAAAAAACAAAAAUAUGGCAGUAACUAUCUGCUUGAGGAUCAUUGCCAACAUCCUGGUGCUCCUCUCACUGGCUGGAAGCAUCUAUCUCAUCUACUUUGUGGUGGACCGGUCCCAGAAGCUGGAGCAGUCGAAGAAGGAGCUGACACUUUGGGAAAAAAAUGAGGUAAGCGUGGUGGUCUCCCUUGUCACCAUGCUAGCACCAUCUGCCUUUGAUCUCAUCGCUGCCUUGGAGAUGUACCACCCACGGACAACACUGCGCUUCCAGUUAGCAAGGGUCCUAGUACUGUAUCUAGGAAAUCUCUACAGCUUGAUCAUUGCUCUUCUGGACAAAGUGAACAGCAUGAACAUAGAGGAAGCUGCUACUAAGAACAUCACAAGCCACUGGGCAGAUGCUCCCACCUUGUAUGCCACCAGGACAGUGCCUGAAGAAGGGCAGUGGUCCACACCUGGGUCAGGAGUGGAGCUCAGGAGAAACACCAGCACGUGGGUCAUGGAAGAGACAAGCUUUCUGACUUCUAUCAUGCCACAAACAAAGACCAACAAGACAGUGUCCUACAUGCAGGGCCCACAAGGCCAGUGCUGGGAGACCUAUGUUGGGCCCAAUGUAUUGCAGGAGAUGCUGAAGCUGUCUGUCAUCGAUAUGCUCUUCACGGUGGCCAGCAUCCUCCUCAUAGACUUCUUCCGAGGACUUUUUGUUCGCUACUUAAGUGACUAUUGGUGUUGGGACCUUGAAAGCAAGUUUCCUGAAUAUGGAGAAUUCAAGAUUGCUGAGAAUGUGUUACACCUUGUCUACAAUCAAGGCAUGAUUUGGAUGGGGGCCUUCUUCUCUCCGUGUCUGCCAGCAUUCAAUGUUCUCAAGCUCAUUGGGCUGAUGUACCUGAGGAGCUGGGCGGUGCUGACCUGCAAUGUACCCCACCAGCAAGUGUUUCGAGCUUCCAGAUCCAACAACUUCUACCUGGCAAUGCUCCUGUUCAUGUUGUUCCUCUGCAUGCUGCCAACCAUUUUUGCAAUUGUCCACUACAAGCCAUCUCUGAACUGUGGCCCCUUCAGCGGACAAGAGAAAAUUUAUGACAUUGUGUCGGAGACGAUAGAGAAUGAUUUCCCCACGUGGUUUCACGCUGUAGUUGGACACAUCAGCAGCCCCGUGGUGAUACUUCCAGCCGUGCUGCUUCUGUUCAUGCUCAUCUACUACCUUCAGAGCAUCGCCAGAUCACUCAAGCUCAGCAGCCAGCAACUCAGGAUGCAGAUCCAAAACGCAAGAUCUGAAGAUAAGAAAAAGGUUGCCCAAAUGGUAGAGGCCUUAGCCAUCCCUAGUGAUACCAGGCAGGCAGUCUCCACCACUGAAGCAGAUUCAAGUGAAAAUUCAAAGCCAAAACCUCUCCAAGCUCGAAUCCAGACUCACGAAGAAAGCAGCAAGAGGCUUUUAAAGGACAGUGACCUUAUCAGCCAGCUGUCCUCAGCGUACAUGGCCACAUCCCCAAAUAAUGGCCACCUGAUCAACUUCGACUCUCUGAGUAGCAAGAGCCUCAGGAUGGAAGCGAUCACAAGGUCCCUGCCCCAGAGUCCUGGGCAAGGGUCCAGGGGCCCCUGCUCUCCUCUUCCAGAUGGAUCUAGGUCAAGGCCAGAGCAAGACACCAACAUGUAUCCACAUGGACCAUGUUCUAGCACAGGCAACCUUCACAAGAACAGAUCCUGCUCAUCAGUGAAACAGACACAGACCCUCAAAGAUGUUCGCUCAGAGCCUCUUUCCCGUAAAGACUUUCAGCCAAUCAGUCCUCCUUUCUGUGGAUCUGGGGUCUCUGCCUUGAUGACACAUGACCACAGUCCCCGUGCUCCCAGAUACUAUGUCAUUAAUGAACAUGACUCUCACAAAAAGACCUACCCAGCUUUCUGGCCAGAAAGACAUUUCAAGAUAGAUGCUUUAGGUGACAUUGUAGAGCUGUACCCCAGGAAUGUGCAGCAGUACAUGUCCUGGGCUCCCCACCAGCCUUGCUCUCCACAGCUAAGUGAAGAAGAGGAAGAGAUGCUGAGGAGAGAUUUGGUCCAGUGGUCAAUCCCUGCUAGCUCCAUGACAGACCUCCCUCAGUCUUCUUGUUUUUACACUGAUGACAGAUCAGAAAAUAACACUAGAGACACUAAAUACCAGCGAAGGGUAUACUACAGAUCUGGGGGUAAUAAUUUUAAAGACCAGCUUGAGAGGCCCACAUUUGUACACAAAAAGCCACGAUCCAGGAACGCCCAAUACCCACAGCCCUCCCUGAAGGCCAGAGUCAAAGCCAAAUUUGAGCCAUCCUUCACAGAAUCAGACUCUGUAUCAGCAACAUCCAGCAGUGACCAGCAAAACAGCAACAAUGACCAAUACCUGCAUGUCAUGUCCACCCAGGGCAGAUUCCCAAGGUCUGCCAGCCAGCUGGGCAGGAGGAAGGCCAAGUCCAGGCAGGUACUGCCCACAGAUCUCAAUGACCUAGUUUGUUCAAAUGUCUAGGCUUCUUUUCGUGUCUCUUCCUAAAGACUGGAUCUCUUUGGAACUAUUGAGGUUAGAUGGUCUCACCCUUUCUAGAAGAGAGUACCUAUCUGUGAGGUGUUAGAGAUCUGUGCAGCUUCUUUAGGCUCAUGCAUUGCUGCUGUCCGAGGUUCUGAGGCCCUGGGGCUGUAAUUUCCUAUUCAAAGCAAUGGGGUGUGCAUGGCCACCCAUCCCAGGGUUUCUUUCUGUCUAGCAUACAUUACCAUCUCAGACUGUCAUUUCAAGAAAAUGCCGGGCGUUUGAUUCCAUUCAGGGUGACCAUGCUCACCUGCAAGCCAGUCAUCUCAGCAGGACUGCAAAAACACUCAACACUCUUUUCAUCUUUAAUAAUGUGAGUGAGUGCUUUGCACUAUGGCCUUUUGACACACAAAUAUCAGCACUCCAUAGUGAUCACCCAAAAUCAGGUGGCUACCCUUGAAGUAUUCAGAGUACAUAGUUUAUGAGGACAUUCAGUUUAGUGGUGGCCAGGGUAGUGUACUGCAAACUUAUUUAACUCCGUAUUUUACUCAGUCAUAGUACAGAUUAGAAAUGACCCCGAAUUUAUAGCUGGGGUGUUCUGGUUCACUGGGAAGGAUGGGAAUUGAGACUUGGUACCAUGCUCAGCUGGAACUGAGGCUCAAACAUCCCCACGACCACCUGUCUUCUCACCUCUCAGCUCUGAUUCCAUGUUUGCUGAUCUUGUUUCCCUCCCCACCCCACCCCCUGUACCAAUAGACUUCAGUUCAGGCAGGAGGUGAAGAAUUCACAGCCACAGAGAUGCCAGGCCUGUAGCCUCCGCCUAACAAGCCCACAGAAAAGAGCAGAGCUGACAUUACCGGCUUCCCACUGUGUCUGCUCACAAGGAGUUGCUCUUUGGCUCCCCUGACAGGCCCUGAGAAGGGCUUGGAAGCUGUGUGUGCUCCAUCCCAUGGUAACCAGCUUGGUGCCCUGACUCCUCUUUCCAUAUUGC